UGGGACUUUGUUGAAGAAAUGCCGCUGUCCAAGGAAGCUCGUCCAUCCUCGGCUGCUGGCAAAUUGGAAACUCAAAAUGUACCAAGCAUCAUAACUGAACUAUGGGGCAUAGGGGAGAAGAAGGUUAAGACCUCAGUGCAGGAGUCACAGGGGGAGAGCGUGGCCCCUGGUGCAGACCUCAUGGGUUACUCAGAGGGCCGUAGGCGACAACCUCUGUGGCUUGUAAGAGAACUGCUGAAACAGGGUAACAGACGGCACUCUGUUACCCUGGGUGAUGAUGCCCACAACAAUGGUCGCCUACCCUACAGAGCUGGUCCAUAUCACAGCCUCUGCAAACUCAAGAUUGAACAGAGGGUUUCCCUUGAAGAUCUGUUAAAACUGAAAAUGGCUUUUGAGGAGUUUGAAAUGGAUGGCUUGAGAUCACUUGAUACGAUCAAUUUUGGACUAAUUGUGAAGAAGUGUUUAGGGUUACAUGACAUAAACAAUGCACAGAUUCAAGAGCUAUUCAUGAAGAUCGAUUAUUCAGGCCAGGGGAAGAUAGUCUGGGAUGAGUUCUGCACGUACAUGCAGCUGGAGUACACAGAGAAGGAGGAGUCUGUGACACGCACCAAACAGGUAGCCUUCACUCUGCCUGCCACCAUCAAGGCCCUGUGCCAUGGAGAACCCAUUCUCAAGGUCCACUGCACCCCAGAUGGCACUGUCAUUACUUUGAGGGAGGAUGGGGCUGUGUACUAUUGGACUUCUGAGUUGCAACUGAAGAAGAGCAAGACUGUGUUUCAUGAAAGACCACUAAAUAGGAAACCAAAGUGGGCAACGGAUUUGAUCACAAUGAUGCAGUACAACAAAGUAAUCAUCGGAACUGGGGACAGAGAGAUCCAAUUAUAUGAGCUCUCUUCUCUGGAGCCUUAUUGCCAGAUUAGUGCACUGGAGACCGUGCCACUGAGUCUAGACUAUUGCUACACUGGCCCUGAUGAGUGUUGUAUUCUGUAUGGAGAUGCCCAGGGUUGUGUGAAUAUUAUAUUAAUCAAGUCUGUUGGUGAGACACUGAGAAUGUGGAAGAAGUUACCAAAGAUUGAAAAUGUGCCCAACAUUGGAUUAGACAUCGCUGUUCUUCAUCCAAAUGUGACUUAUAUUUGCUGGAAAGUCCAUGAAGACUGGGUGACAAAGGUUAAAUACUUUCAAAAUAUUCGUGCUGUUGUGUCCACCUCCAACCAUGAAGGCUCUGCUCUUGUCAUAGGCUGUGUGCUCCCGUCAACUAACAUUGAGCGGCAGAUGAGGGAGAUCAGAGAGAUGUGCCGGGAAGGUAAGGCCAAGAAGGUACUCGGGAACUGCACUCCCCAGCCUAGGGCAGCAGGUGACCAGACCGUCUUUACAAUCUACAAAGGAGUAAAGACCUUUGACCUCUCUAAGAAGCACAACCUCCUGGUGACAGGUGGGAUGGAUAGACUCCUACGCAUGUGGAACCCUUAUGUUCCUGGGAAACCUACUGGCAUCCUUAAGGGCCACUCUGCCCCCAUUUUCUACCUCUGCAUCGUGUCAGAGGAAAACCGCAUCCUCUCCGUCUCCAUGGACAAUGUUGCCAAGAUCUGGGAUAUUCAGGAUCAGUGCUGUCUGUUCACUGCUCAUCCAAAAGCAAGUCAGAUACGUGGAGACAUGUCUGCAUGCCUCUACUCUCCUUCAGUAAAAUGCCUCUACAUCUGUGCUGACUCUUUAGCACUGCUCUUACUCAAGACGAGGCCUCAGCCCCAGAAUCAUGUGGUCAUGUCCCACAAGGAGCCGGUGUUGUGCUGUGGUUACAGCCAGGAGUUCCGUCAGGUGGUCAGCUGCACCGAGGGUUCUGUUGUGAAGGUCUGGGACUUUGAUACAGGAGAUCAAGUUUUUGAGUUUGGUGAAGCUCAUGGACAGUCUGCCAUCACAUGCAUGACCUUUGACCACAGAGGAAGGAGACUGGUCACAGGGGGAAGAGAUGGCUGUCUAAAGAUCUGGAACUUCAACAAUGGCCAGUGUUUAAAGAUACUGAAGAAAGAUGGUGAAUCCAGAGAGGUGUGUGACUGCAGCUAUCUGACAGUCUACAGAAACACGUAUGUGAUGUCUGUCGGUUGGCACCGGAAAAUUGACAUUUACUCUGAAACUCCUGAAGACUCCCAUCAUGUCCAGAGUCCUCUGCCCUCAUGGCAGGAUGACCUGAAGAAUGGUCACAAGGAGGACAUCCUGUGUAUAGCCCAGUGUCCACCUUCCCUCCUGGCCACCAGCAGUUAUGAUGGGGAUAUCAUUGUGUGGAAUCUGUUGUCUGGACACAUUCAGUGUCGCUAUAAAAACCCUCCACCACCUCGCCAUGAAGACCUGCAAGGAGUGGAUACAAGUGUUCCCAGCAUCCUGUUUCUGCAGACCCGAGCACUGCAUGUGGGGUUUUCCUCUGCAGCUUGCCUCGUCUCCUCUGGGUCCAAAGGUUGCAUUAAUUUCUGGAAUGUGCUCAACGGUGGGAAAUUUGUGGCCAGCUUUGAAGCAUCCGAAUCUCAGCAUCAGAUCACCAAACUAGCUGUGACAAAGGAUGACACAUCACUCUACGCAGCCGACCAAGCAGGUUUUGUCUAUGUUUAUGACAUCAAGAAAUAUGCACUUGGCACAGGACAUACACUCCAAAAAGCUAAAACCUACUGGCGAGCUCAUACAAGCAGCAUUACUGGUUUGCAGAUUGUGGACAGUGAUCAAGUAGUGCUUACCUCCUCUGUAGACUGCACUGUCCGCCUGUGGAGCUCCAAUGGACAGUUCAUAGGAACAUUUGGUCAAGCUGAGAACUGGAGUCUCCAUACCCUAUCCUCCUGGAAACAUCCGUCUGUACCCUACGAGGUCUUGUUGGAUCCCCUCAGCAUGCCCGUUCAUCACUUGCUGGAUGGAGAGAAAAGCAUGGUGGAUGUCACCAACACAGCUGUAGAUGACAUUACUGCAGCAGAGCCAAAGCAGUCAGACUCACACAUCAAGUUUAGAUAUCCUUCAGUAACCAUCAGUGACACAGACAUUGAGGAGGAGAUUAAAACCAGGAGUUACCCUGAAGAACAGGGGAAACGACUCCGUCAUGAAAUAUUUAAGCACACCAACAAGCCACCCAACCAUGGAGGUCCCAAAGCUUACCAUACCCUGAAGUACUUUGAUAUCAAAGCAGCUCCAGCCACCUGUGAGAGGCCUGAUCUUUCUCUCGCUGGAAUCGAUCCUUUCAUAUCCAGCCCUAUUGACCCGGAUCCUCCACAGCCUGUCCACGAAGACAAAUCAUGA